GAGUAGCUGGACUCGUCUGUGCAGAGACCUUGCGCCAGGAGGGUUUCUCAGACAGGAUUGUGAUGUGCACAAUGGACAGACACUUGCCCUAUGACAGACCAAAGCUCAGUAAGUCAAUGGAUUCCCACCCGGAGCAGAUUGCCCUGCGCCCCAAGGAAUUCUUUCGCACCUAUGACAUUGAAGUCCUGACUGAAACACAGGUUGCGGCUGUGGAUAUCAAGAACAAGAUAGCUGUGUUCAAGGAUGGGUUUAAGAUGGAAUACAACAAGCUGCUGAUAGCGACUGGAAACACGCCCAAAUCUCUUAGCUGCAAAGGCAAGGAGGUGGAAAAUGUUUUCAACAUCCGAACACCUGAAGAUGCCACCCGUGUCGUGAAGCUGGCCACAAGCAAGAACGUGGUUAUCGUGGGAGCAUCCUUCCUGGGGAUGGAGGUGGCUGCCUACCUCACAGAGAGGGCCCACUCGGUGUCCCUGGUAGAGCUGGAGGAAGUCCCCUUCAAGAAGUUCUUUGGGGAGAGGGUUGGCCGUGCUGUCAUGAAGAUGUUCGAGAGCAACAGGGUGAAGUUCUACAUGCAGACAGAGGUGUCAGAGCUGCGAGAGCAGGAGGGCAAGCUGAAGGAGGUUGUGCUGAAGAGCGGGAAGGUCCUACGUGCUGAUGUCUGUGUCGUUGGUGUCGGUGCAGUCCCAGCGACAGGCUUUCUCAAGCAGAGUGGCAUCAACAUCGAUUCCAAAGGCUUCAUCGUGGUCAACAAGAUGAUGCAGACCAACAUCCCGGGAGUCUUUGCAGCCGGUGAUGCUGUCACGUUCCCACUGGCCUUGAGGAAUAAUAAGAAAGUGAACGUCCCUCACUGGCAAAUGGCGCAUAUGCAUGGCCGUAUAGCCGCACUGAACAUGCUGGCCCAUGGUGUGGAGAUCAGCACGGUCCCAUAUUUGUGGACUGCUAUGUUCGGGAGGAGCAUCCGAUAUGCAGGCCACGGGGAAGGGUUCGAUGACGUUAUCAUUCAGGGAGAUUUAGAUGAACUGAAGUUUGUGGCAUUUUAUACCAAGUAA